AUGUCAUCGGGUGGUCUCGUCUCAGCACUUUCGGGAUGCAAAAAGACAAUGAAGUUUACUUGGAUCGGCUGGCCCGGCUUUUUUAUCCCUGAGAAGGACCGACCGCUCGUCGACCGACGGCUCAUGGAAGAGUACUCAUGCCAGGCUGUCUACCUCGACGAUGACUUGGCAGACCGUCAUUACAAUGGCUUUUCGAACUCCAUCUUAUGGCCACUUUUCCAUUACCAUCCUGGCGAAAUGAACUUUGACGAAGAGAACUGGCUUGCAUACCGACAAGCAAAUCUCAAGUUCGCUGAGGCAGUCCGUUCACAACUCAGGAGUGGCGACAUGGUCUGGGUGCAGGAUUACCAUCUAAUGCUACUUCCGAUGCUUCUCCGCAACAUCAUUGAGAACGUCGACAAGAAGGGCGGUCUCACUCGGAGAGAACUCACGCGAAUCACGGAGGGAAUGGAAGCAGAGCUGGCUGCGCAGCACGAGACUAUUUCGGAUGUGAAGAUUGGUUUCUUCUUGCACACCCCAUUCCCAAGUAGCGAAAUCUACCGAAUUCUACCUGUACGACGAGAAAUCCUCCUCGGCGUCCUCUAUUGCGAUCUCAUUGGUUUCCACACUUAUGACUAUGCACGCCACUUCCUUUCGUCUUGCACACGUAUUCUUGGAUUACCAACAAUGCCCAACGGUGUUGAAUUUGAAGGUCGAUUGGCGCACGUUGGCACAUUCCCUAUAGGUAUUGACCCGAGCUCGUUCCUCGACAACCUCGAGAAAGACUCAGUGAGGAAACGAAUUGCGGAUCUUGAGCAGCGAUUCAAUGGAGUCAAGGUUAUUGUCGGUGUUGAUCGCCUCGAUUACAUCAAGGGUGUACCUCAAAAGUUACACGCACUUGAAUUAUUCCUUGCACAACAUCCGGAAUGGAUAGGAAAGGUUGUCUUGGUUCAACUCGCAGUCCCUUCGCGGCAAGACGUUGAAGAGUACCAAAACCUCCGCUCAACUGUGAACGAACUCGUGGGCAGAAUAAAUGGACGUUUCGGGACCGUCGAGUUCAUGCCAAUACAUUUCAUGCACAAGAGCUUACCGUUCGAUGAACUCUGCGCCUUGUAUGCCCUGAGUGAUGUAUGCCUAGUCAGCAGUACUCGGGACGGCAUGAACCUUGUAUCAUACGAGUACAUUGCGUGCCAGCAAAAGCGGCAAGGUGUCAUGAUCCUUUCUGAGUUUGCUGGUGCUGCACAGAGUCUUAAUGGCUCCAUCGUCGUGAACCCGUGGGACCCGCAAGAAGUAGCAGAUGCGAUUCACGAGGCUGUGACUAUGGAUGCGGAGACACGAGCGGAAAAUCAGCGCAAGCUCUUCAAGUACAUCAGCAAAUACUCAUCUUCGUUCUGGGGAAGCUCCUUCGUCGGCGAAAUGACAAAGAUUAGCGCUGGCGAUUCCGGGAAGCUCUCGGCACCAGCACAUAAGGAAGCAUCCAAAGCGGAUGUCGCGGGCAAGACGACGAUACUGAAGCAGAACGAAGGCGUGAAUAGGAUCACACCACAUGUGAAUGGUGUGAAUGGUGUGAAUGGCGUGAAGGGUAUGGAUGGCAUACCACACGACGCGAAAGAGGGACUCAAACAAGGUGAACCGCAGGUGGCGGUUCAGACUUCGGCAUAA